CGCGCGAAUUUCCUUUCUUCUUCCUGCCGGUGUGAACGGCUCCAGGACCCCGAAGACAGAGAGUAUUCACGGGCAGUAUUUAUACCGCUGCCCACCCCAGAGAACCGGAGACUCGCCUUCACGUCGCGGCUCUCGUGUCCACCUCACACCGCGACAACAUGGCGCAGCCGAGAGUCACCGAGUUCUUCGCCCAGAGGAAGAAAGGGGUCGCCGGUCCGGUGAAGCCGACCAAGCAGCGCAGGAGCGCGGCUCUCGGCACCGACGUUCCCAGCACGAGGUCCAGAUCCUCCAAAAACAAAGGUGGCUUCCUCCUCUCGUCCUCCGUCCACGAAGAGUUUGUGAGAGUCAUCGCGGAGGCGGUGGAGCCGGACCACGGGGUCGGUUCCAGCGACGCGAACAGUCCCACCUCCAGUCCCCGGACACCGAAGCGGACCUCGGCGGGGUCAGAGUUUGACCUCGGAGCCGCCGUGUUUUCAGCCACCGCCGACCACAGCACGGCCAAGAAGAGACGGCAGGAGGAGGUCUUUCCAGACGCGUCGGUCCCCGUUCCGGAGAAAGCAGCGAGGACGAAGGCCAGGAAGAAGCUGGUCCUCCCUCAAAACACCCCGAAGGCUGCAGCCAAGCCCCGGUCUGCUGAGGUGGACCAGCAGCACCCGGGUCCUGCAGCCAAGCCCCGGUCUGCUGAGGUGGUCCAGCAGCACCCGGGUCCUGCAGCCAAGCCCCGGUCUGCUGAGGUGGUCCAGCAGCACCCGGGUCCUGCAGCCCCGGUUUCUGGACCGAAUGCUGAGAACCAGCUCCACUUCCAAACCAGCAGCUCUCCGCAGAGAGAAGUCCACAGCGAGGUUCUGUCUAAAGAGGGCAUUGCGAGCCUCAAGUCUCGCCUUCAGAGGAUCAAGGAACUAUCCAGAGCUUCUUCCCCGGCUUCAGCUUCUGCGCCUCCAGUCGGCUCCGCUACUCCUAAACCGACCCCGUUUGUCCCCAAAGCCGCCGAUGCCGCGGCCCUCAAAUUCACCGUCGAGCAAAUCAAGGAGCUUGGGGCUAAAGCUCAGCGGCGGAAGGAGGAGAGGGAGGCCAAGGAGAGCCAGCUGAGCGAGGCACACACCCAGGACAGUACCGAGCAGCCGGCAUACCAGCGGUACCACAAUCUCGCCCAGGCGGCCCCCCCGGGCCUGUCCCUGCCGUUCCAGUACAAAGUGCUGGCGGAUAUGUUUCGGAGUAUGGACACGGUGGUCGCCAUGCUGCACAACCGCUCUGAGACCGCCACCUUCGCCAAGAUCAAACGGGGAGUCCAGGACAUGAUGCACAAGCGCUUUGAGGAGAGCCACCUCGGCCAGAUAAAGACGGUGUUUCCUGAGGCCUACGCGUUCAGACAGGAGAAGAAUGUCCCGACCUUCAACAGCAGCAUCAAGAAGGGCCGCUGCCAGCUCACCGUGGAGCCCGUCCUUCUGUCUGGCCAGAAUGAGGCUCGUCCCGUCCUGUCGGCCUCUCGCCUUCUGGAGAGAAGAAACACCUUCCACCUGAACCUGGUCUCCAUUGUCAAACAGCACCACAAGAGCUUCCUGUCCUUGUUGGUUCCUCCAGCGUCUGUUCCGGAGGACAAGCUGACCCGCUGGCAUCCUCGCUUUAACGUGGACACCGUGCCGGCCGUGUUCGCCAGCCUGCUGCCGCAGCCGCCUCACGCCAACACGCUGACCACGGCGCAGGAGGUGCUCGACAAGGCCCGCUCACUCAUCACACCCAAGAUGGAGAAGGCGCUGGUUUCUCUGGCUCAGAAGACAGAAGGCAAAGAGCCGGCGUGUCCACAGAACCCGGCGGCCGCCCACGUGUCCGCUCCACCAACCGCCCUGAAAGGCGUGUCCCAGUCACUGCUGGACAGGAUUCGUGCAAAAGAGGCCCAGAAGCUCCACGCAGCCAUGACACGAAACCCCAUGCAAGAGGAUCGUCUGCUGAUGAUGUCGCGGCUGCCCGAGCUGGCCAGGAUUCUCCGGAACGUUUUUGUCGCGGAGAAGAAACCCGCGUUGAUCAUGGAAGUGGCCUGUAAGAAGGCGGUGGCCAGCUACAGAUCGGUUCUCUCUACAGGUGAAAUGGAGAAACACAUCCGUCUGCUGGCCGAAGUGGCUGCCGAUUGGCUGGCUAUACAUCCAAUCAGGAAGGACUUCUACCUGAAGUUGAACAAGAACAUGGAGCUCAACGUCGUUCUGGACAAGCUGAGCAGCAGACUGCGACAGGAAGAGAGGAUCUGAGAUGCGAAUGAUUCGUAGGCUCGUAGCUUUUGAAGUGCAAUAUUUUGGACUGUAGGCAUGAAUGUCUGACAUUUUAUGCAACGCAUGUUUUGUUGUGUGCCCUGUGGUCAAGGCCUUAUUGAAAUGGUCCCAAACGGGUAGGACCACACCUCGUCCUGGUAUUUAUUCCAAUGUUGUAAAGAGGUUGUUUUAACCACAUUUCUGUGAUGUUGACUGUUUUGGUUCUUCUAUGAAAGUGUAAUGUCAGCGUUGACUUCCAGACUUUUUAUGGAUCGAUUUUCUACGAUGUAGAACUGAAGAAUGUUUCCAUUUUUUUUUGAGGUCCCUGUUCGAUCAUGUUUAAGAAAUACAAGUUGAAAUACAAUCCGUCAAAGUUC